CUCUUCCACUAAUGAAUUCAAACGAAUCCGUAAUUAUAAGUGAUCGUGAAAAGAGUAUUGCAGAUGCAGUAAAAAUGAAACUUCCUAAUGCUUUUCACACACAUUGCGUAUGGCAUAUUGAGAAAAACGUUAACACAAAAUUUCGAACGAAACUUGGAGGCAAAAUUUGGGCUGCAGCAAAAUCAUUGCAUGUAGAAGGUUUUAACGAAGUUAUGGAAGAAAUUUCUGAUAUGCACACUGAAGCUGCAGUUUAUCUUAAUGAGAUACUUCCCGAGACAUGGACUCUUUGUAAAUGUCCUCGAAAUAGAUUUGAACAUCUCACUUCUAAUGUAUCAGAAUCAUUUAAUUCUUGGUUACAUGAUGAACAUCUUACAGAACCAUUUAAAGCAAUUAUUUUGCUUAUAU